GGGAUGGGCAUCGCUCUGGUUGGUGCAAAAGUCUCAGAAUUGCCUGUUAAAGUUUUUGAUACAAACCCUGAACAGAUCAAAAAGGGAUUGAAAUUAGUGGACGAAUUACUUCGCAAGGAUGUUACUAAGAAUCGUAUCACGGAAGACCAAGUCACUUCUAUAAAACAACGGAUCACAACUAUUACUGAUAUUUCCGAAUUAUCAGAUGUUGAUUUUGUUAUCGAGGCAGUUUCCGAAAAUGUUGCUUUAAAACAAAAGAUAUUUGAAAAUUUGGAUAAUAUUUUAAAUAAGGAAUCAAUUUUGGCUACAAAUACUAGUAGCAUUAGCAUAACAAAGAUUGCUGCUGCUACGAAAAGGCCUGAAAAGGUUAUUGGAAUGCAUUUUAUGAAUCCUGUACCAGUGAUGAAACUUGUGGAAAUUAUUUCAGGAUUAACUACCUCUGAUGAAACUUUAAGUAUUACGAAACAACUAGCUGUAUCUAUGGGUAAAACUUGUACUCAUUCUCAGGAUGUUCCAGGAUUUAUCGCAAAUAGAUUGUUGAUUCCUUAUAUCAAUGAAGCUAUAAUUGUGCUUGAACAGGGCAUAGCAACACGAGAAGAUAUUGAUACCACCAUGAAACUUGGUACUAAUACACCUAUGGGCCCUUUGGCAUUGGCUGAUUUUAUUGGUCUUGAUACGUGUUUGGCUAUUAUGAAAGUAUUACACAAUGAGAUAGGCGAGAAAUAUAGACCCGCCACAUUAUUACAAAAGUAUGUUGAUGCAGGGUACUUGG